CUAAUAUCCAAUUUCCGAAGUAAGAACUAUGAACCUUUUCCCACUUCGAGUAUUCGACUUCGGACAUGGCCAUGGGGUUGCAUUUGAAGUCCUCGAAGUAGAAGCCAAACCGAAAUGCCUGUAGCGUCUGCAUCACUGCAUCUGCACAACAGUGAAACGGUGGACCUUGGAUAAUCGCUAUUCGCCAAGAAACAAUCGAGGAAAAAAGCAAAACGCCCAUCUCCCGCGCGACCUGAAAAACGAAGAAUCGGGCAGGCGGUGCUCUGAACGACGACAACGAGAAACCCUAACUAAACCCAUCAAGACUACAAAGUGAAGAAGAGAUGACGAAGGAAGCGAACGACAUCUUCGCGUCUUGCUCCUUCGACAGUCUCGGACUAGACUCCUCCUUAUGUCAACAACUUCGAGAGAGGAUGAGUUUCCAAGUCCCAACGUUGGUUCAGUCUCAAGCAAUUCCUUUCAUUCUCUCCGGGAGACAUGUACUUGUUAACGCGGCGACUGGGACUGGAAAAACUAUUGCAUACCUUGCUCCUAUAAUUCACCACUUGCAGAGGUAUAAUCCUCGGAUUGAGCGCUCUGAUGGAACUUUCGCGUUGGUGCUUGUGCCAACGCGUGAAUUAUGUAUGCAGGUUUAUGAGAUCCUACAGAAAUUAUUACACCGUUUUCAUUGGAUUGUUCCCGGCUACAUAAUGGGUGGAGAGAACAGGUCAAAGGAGAAAGCCAGAUUGCGUAAAGGAAUAUCCAUUCUUGUUGCAACACCAGGGCGUCUUUUGGAUCACCUGAAGAAUACAUCAUCAUUCUUGCGUACAAAUUUGCGGUGGUUAAUAUUUGAUGAAGCAGAUAGAAUUCUAGAGCUGGGUUUUGGUAAAGAAAUAGAGGAGAUACUUGAUCUUCUGGGUUCAAGGCAAAGCAUGUCUGCUUGCAAGGAGAAGGUGAUGUCUAGGUUUUCUGAAUUUCAGAGGCAGAAUUUAUUGCUAUCAGCCACCUUAAAUGAAAAAGUAAACUGUCUAGCCCAUAUUAGUUUAGAGAAUCCAGUUACGGUUGGCCUUGAAGAGAAGAAGGUCUUCAUUGAGCAACAAACUACAUUAAGUAAACAAUUUAGAUCCCCAGGGUCUGAUGUGGAUGAUGAGUCAGAACAACCAGAUAGACACUUAAACUCUUUGAAUGGAGAUUAUAGCCUUCCAACGCAGCUAGUUCAGAGAUAUGUGAAAGUCCCUUGUGGUUCACGGCUUGUAGUGCUUAUUUCUAUUCUCAAAGAUCUUUUUGAAAGAGAAGCUUCACAAAAGAUUGUGGUGUUCUUUUCAACAUGUGAUGGGGUGGAUUUUCACUAUUCACUGUUACGUGACUUCAAGUGGCCAUCUAAGUUGCAGCCAGAAUUAGUCCAGAAGCAGAUGUUUGUCAGGUGUAGAACUUUUCGAUUACAUGGGAACAUGGAUCAUGAAGACCGGAGAACUACAUUUCAAGGCUUCAAGGCAGAGAAAUCAGCUCUCUUAUUUUGCACAGAUGUUGCUGCAAGAGGUCUAGAUUUCCCCAAAGUUAGAUGCAUCAUUCAAUAUGAUUCUCCAGGGGAGUCUACGGAAUACGUCCAUAGGGUUGGAAGAACUGCUCGAUUAGGUGAAAGAGGAGAUUCAUUGUUAUUCCUACAGCCAGUCGAAAUGGAUUAUUUGCAGGACUUACAAAAGCAUGGCGUGCUGUUGAAUGAGUAUCUUCUUCUCAAGAUCUUGAACAGUUUUCCCUUGUAUGAUCAAAAGCACCAUGUCAAUAAAUUUGUUUCAGUAGAGACACAUCCUUGGGUGCUGUUUCUACAGAAGGCACUUGAAUCUUUCAUUUUGGCAGAGUCAGGGCUGAAGAAGCUGGCCAAGGAUGCAUUUUGCUCUUGGGUUCGUGCAUAUGCUGCUCACCGAGGUGAUCUAAAGAGAAUUUUUAUGGUUAAGAAACUUCACUUGGGGCAUGUGGCAAGGAGUUUUGGAUUAAAAGAACAACCAUCUUUGGUUGGGAGAUCGUUUCAAGUUCAUACAAAGAAAAGGAAGAAGGAUCAGAAACAGAAGGGAAUGACAAAAAAGAGACGGGUUGCUGGCAAAACAUGAAUAUUAAAGACAAGGAUUAUUAGCCGUCACUUUUCAGACCCAGUUCCAAAGAUAAGAAAAUUCUCAACGCUUUUGAUUUAGAUUACCAUGUUGUUCGAGUCCCAGAUGUUUGAUGAGUCCAUCACUACUACAUCAGUAGGCCUUUAGUGGAUAAAUUUUGGUUGGGGAGGGUUCCAUUUUUCUGGUGAUGGCAGCUCUGUGGAUAUGAAAAUCUGAACCCGAUAUACUAUAACGGCUGAGUUGUUUUCAACUUUCCUGAUUGUAGUCAUUUAUGUAUUUACUAGCGGGGAUCCGUGCGAUGCAUAGAAAAAUCCAUUAAUUCAGUA